AUCCAGAGAAACUCAGAACACUGACAAAGCUUGAGCCUUUGGGUUUCUUUUGGAGAGAAAAGAGGGUUCUCUGUUUUGAAGAUGUCCAAGGAAGUGCGUGAAGAAGGGCAGAGCCAUGGCAAGGACUACGUAGACCCACCACCAGCACCGCUCAUUGAUGUGACUGAGCUCAAGCGCUGGUCUUUUUACAGAGCUCUCAUAGCCGAGUUCAUAGCUACCCUGCUCUUCCUCUAUGUGACAGUGGCUACCGUUGUCGGUGAGCUCAAGCAGACCAUAGACUGUAAUGGAGUUGGCCGUCUGGGUAUUGCGUGGGCUUUUGGUGGCAUGAUCUUCAUUCUUGUUUACUGCACCGCUGGUAUCUCAGGUGGUCACAUUAACCCUGCGGUGACUUUUGGUUUGUUUUUGGCCCGGAAGGUGUCGUUGAUCAGGGCAGUGGCUUACAUGGUGGCUCAGUGCUUGGGUGCUAUCUGUGGAGUUGGGUUGGUCAAGGCUUUCAUGAAGCAUGACUACAACCACGUCGGUGGUGGUGCUAACUCUGUCUCCGCUGGAUACAGCAAGGGAGCUGCCCUGGGAGCAGAGAUUAUUGGCACUUUUGUGCUUGUCUACACAGUCUUCUCAGCCACUGACCCCAAGAGAAACGCCCGUGACUCUUACGUUCCUGUUUUGGCUCCUCUUCCAAUUGGGUUUGCUGUGUUCAUGGUGCAUUUGGCCACCAUCCCCAUCACUGGUACCGGCAUCAACCCUGCCAGGAGCUUCGGCGCUGCUGUCAUCUACAACAAUGGAAAAGUCUGGGAUGAUCAUUGGAUUUUCUGGGUUGGUCCCUUCAUCGGAGCACUGGCGGCCGCUGCAUACCACCAGUACAUUCUCAGAGCAGCAGCAAUCAAGGCAUUGGGAUCCUUCCGCAGCAACCGCUCCAACUAAAACAAGAACGUCAAAAACCUAAAUAGCUGUGUCUUCGCUCUUGUUAAUUUGUUAGUUUUUGGCGUAUGAAGAGGGUGAUUAUGAUGCCUACCUCUUUCCCCUUUAUAUUAUGAUUUAAUCUUUUGAUGUUAAUUUACCUAAAUUGGUGGACCUGUGAAUCAUAUAUUGUUCUUGAUUAAUUAAUGGUGUUAAUUUCC